AUGAUCGCAAAUCCGGUCAUCAUCACUGCUGUCCUCCUCCUCGUUCAACCUGGAGCUCUCGCUUUCCUUAUACUCUCCCGUAAUUCAAUGACUCACCAAGAAAUCACGGCGUCAGCUAUUCUACAAAAGACAGCUGAGGUGUGCAAGGCACGCGCUGAACAACAGGGACAGAACUUCGUGACGCCAAAUCCACUGACUGCUGAGUCCCUAGCAGCAGCGUGCUCAUCUCCACAAUCGGCGCGAAACUUUCGAAGCGCCAUCAGUGAAGUCGCCAACAGAAACGCAUGGGUUGAUGCACGACGCUUCGGGGUCAGUGAAUUCCACGUCGACGACGAGAGUAUUUUGGAGGGGCGCGAUGUUAUCACCAGGGGAGUGGACGUUGUCAAAGCUAAUAUUCAGCAACAGAAUUUUGAGACAGCUAGAGAAAGACUCGGAGAAACGAUGCAUACUUUACAGGACUUCUACAGUCACAGUAACUGGAUAGAGUUGGGAAACCGGUCUCCAUUCACCAGCCUUAUCAGACCAGACGUGCCAAUUGAUAACAUUGCCGACAGGAAUACACCGACAUGUAGGAGCUGUGUUGAUGAUAACUGCACAGGAAAUAUCCUGGAAAGUAUCAUCACUGAGAGGAAGCUGACCACAGGAUACACCAGCCAGUUCAAUCCAUUCAAACCUAAUGGAAAGUGUAGCCAUGGAGGAGCAUUCGACCUUACCAGCAGAUUUGAGCCCACCGGAGGUAUCAAUAAGGAUGGUAUCAGCUCUGAACAUGGGGACCUACACAGACAGGCUGCAGGUGUGGCCGUGUCGGCCACCAGUGACCUGCUAGAAGACAUAAGGGUCUCAGCUGGCGACAAUGACUUCCUGAGACUGAUGGGUAUCUCUCAGACAUUUAACGUCCUGUGUAUCGUGAUUGACACCUCUGAGAGCAUGGCAGACGAUAUUGUGGAAGUGAGACGUAUCACCUCAUUCAUAAUUGACAGCAAAAAAGGCACCACCGAUGAACCCUCCGACUACAUCCUGGUCCCGUUCAAUGACCCUGACUUUGGGCCGCUGACAAGGACCACAGAUGCUGAAGAGUUUAAAAGACAGAUAAAUGCAAUUUCGCCUGCUGGAGGAGGAACAGAUAAUGCUGAGAUGAGCCUGUCCGGUCUUUGGCUGGCGCUGGCAGGAGCCCCACCCAGGUCUGAAAUAUUUGUUUUCACCGAUGCUGAACCGAAAGAUGUUGAACUGAGAAGCACAGUCUUGGCACUAAUUGAAAGCACAAAAUCAACAGUGAAUUUUCUGCUAACCAACGCUCGCUCUACACGACGACGUCUGUCCAACCCCUUGAACCAGAUUUAUCAGGACCUUGCUGACGCUUCAGGGGGGCAGGCCAUUGAGGUUACCAAGGAUACGUUGUCUCAGGCCACCAGCAUCGUUGAGGACACCUCCAGCUCAGCACUGGUCAAGCUAUUUUUUGCUGUACGGAGCCCAGCAAAGGCAGAAAACUUCUCCAUUCUUGUAGAUUCGUCGGUUACAAACCUGACUAUCUACAUCACGGGCAUCUCACCAGCUUUCACUAUCACAAGCCCUUCAGGACUGUCCCAGUCUAGUACUGAGGCAAAUGGAACCCUAGGAACAAUUCAGACUGUGGGGAAUUUCCAGACAGUGAGACCAAACAACCAGAAUCCAACAGGACUGUGGCAAAUCAGUGUCAGUUCCACUCAACCAUACAGCGUGAAAGUCACUGGACAGAGUGUGAUUGACUUCUCUUUUGACGUCGUGGAGGUUUUCCUCAUACCUCAUCCAGGAUAUACAGUGUUAGCCAGCAGGCCCCAAACGACUGCGGGUGGGAACAUAUCAGUGGUGUUGUCAGUAACUGGAGGUGACUCUGUAAAGCUGACAGAGGCGGCUGCUGUUGAGACGAUGGGUACAGAAACCAUAGUUGGGAGCCUUGAAGAACUAGGUAAUGGGGAAUACCUGGUGACUUUUGGCACUGCUCCACGUGGCUCCUUUGGUAUUCGUGUGACAGGUCAGAGUAACUCCACUGGAUCCUCCCAAAUUAGCUUCCAGAGAUACUCCUCUACACAACUCAGAACCUCCAACGUGUCGGUCACGGCUGUGGCAAAUGAAACAUGGACACCUGGAACGACUUUCAGCCUGCCUUUCACUGUUGAAACCAGCCAAUCAGGAGGCAGCUUCAGCAUCACAGUCAGGAAUAACCGUUUGUACAAUAUGACUUUCCCCAGCUCAUUGGUCAUUGGUAACAGGGGCAGGGCCAAUGGUACAGUAACCCUCACUGCUCCCUCAGACACUCCCUCUGGUACUGAUGUCACACUGACCAUUGUGGCUACAGAUCCUGGUGCCUCAGACUUCAACUAUGCUGUACUGCGUCUCUCUGUGGUGGCUGGAGUGGGACCAGCCAUGUCCCUGUCUCUGAGCCUCUGGUUCAUCAUGAUUGUCUCCUUUCUAAACCAAAUUUUACACCUCUAA